UUUCGCGCGAGUGUGAAUCGACUUGUCACGUGAUGUUUCAGCUGCGUGUGACAGGCGAGAAAAUUUUAUGCGCGUAAUAAAAUAAUUUUACAAUAAUUAUAUAAUGCGCAACGAUAUGGCAAUUACGACGUAAUGUUGUUUACAACAUUUUAACGCCGAAGCAUCAUGCUGUCCUUGAAUCGGUUGUGUUCAAAGCCGAGAGCUUAUCUGGUGUCAUCCGUCGAUUCAAUUUUGUCCAAGAGACUUGAGCAUAAAUUUCAUCCCAAAGUUACCACAAAGAAACUGUACGAGACGCUGGGAGUAGCAGAGGAUUGCGAAGAUGAGACUUUGAGAUUGGCGUUUGUUCAUCUUGCAAAGCGAUUUCAUCCUGAUAGCGGAGCACCAGAAGCUAACACUGUUCGAUUUUCUGAGAUCGAAAGCGCUUAUAGAGAGAUUCGAAGAAUCAGAAAUGCUCAAAAAGAUGAAGAAGCAUUGUCGGGAGUGGAAGAGUUUGAUAUCAAGCACACAGCACCGCAACAUCGUCACUACUUGACUUUUGAUGUGGGAAUUGGCACACCAAGCAAGAGACAAAAGCUGCAUACGAUACAAAGGGCUCAAAAGGCAGUUGACAACGUGAUGGAGCACAGAUUAAAGAAAUUACAGGCUGAAGAACGUAACACAUUAAUUGGCAUGGAUAAGCAAAAAGCUAAGGAUAUCAAAACCCGUUAUGGCAUGGACCGUUUAGUGGAAGAUUUAAUUCAAGAGGCGAUGAAUAAAGGUGAAUUCAGCGAUUUAUCUGGAAUAGGAAAGCCACUGAAGAGUACAAGCGCCAGAAAUCCUUAUGUUGAUUUCGUGACUCAUAAGCUAAAUCAGAUAUUGAUAGACAAUGGAUUCACUCCAGAGUGGAUACAAUUAUCAAAAGAAAUUCGGGAAGAGACCGAAGAAUUGAAGAAGAGAUUGUCAGAAGCACGUAAUAAUGUAGGCGAGCUACCAUUAAUUCCGAAAGAUGAAUCGAUAUGGAGAAACAAUUUAGAAAAAUUCAAAAUUACAACGAAACAGAUAAAUAACAAAAUUGACAAAUAUAAUUUGCUAGUUCCUAUACUACAGAAACAAAUGCUCCAUGUUAGAUUAGAUAAGCUUGCUGAGCAAGUCUUAUCAGUAUCGCCUUCUAAAGAUAACAAAAAAUAUGCAAAUACUAGUCACGAAAAUUCGAAUAUGAGCAUAUCUCAGGAUUUGUUUAAUUUCAUAAGCGACUUGUUUAGUAAAAAGAUUAUUAGACGGUAAAAAUUACCUAGAAGGUAAAAAUCAUGUAAAUAUUGCAAUCUUGUAUAUAUAUAUAUAUCAAAUAAGACUAACACAGAUG